GAGUUGUUACUACAAAUCACCAAUGAAUUUGUCGAUUUCAUAACCGGAAUCACUUACCUGGCGCGUGCAUAAAAGCGCGGGAAAACGCAAUUUCCACGAGUUUGUUUACAUUUUUUUGUAUACACUGUACAGUAACUUAAACUGAAUGUUUUAGGUUGUUUCUCUGGUCUCCAAGCAGCAUGCCAUCUUUAAGCAUCAAAGGUGUCCAGGUGGACUUUCCAUUUGACCCAUAUGCUUGUCAACUUACAUACAUGGAGAAAGUGAUAGAAUGUCUUCAAACGGGAGUGAAUGGAAUCUUGGAAAGUCCCACUGGAACUGGGAAGACAUUGUGUUUGCUGUGUUCCAGUCUGGCCUGGCUUGUGGGAAAGAAGGCUGCGGUAGAGUUUAAGAAGCAGACGGGACUUGGUAGUGUUCUGCAGGAUCGUGACAAUCUACAUGAUGACACACUCAAGAGACUGGCAUCAAAACUGCAGGAGUCCUCGGGAAGUACCUGGGGCACUAGUGAAUUUGUUGUUCCCAAGAUCAUUUAUGCAUCAAGGACUCACUCCCAGCUGUCUCAGGCAGUCCAGGAGCUCAAAAGAACAACAUACAACAGUGUAAAAGCUUGUGUGUUGGGAUCACGAGAACAGUUCUGCAUUCAUGACCAGGUUAGAAAAGAACCCAACAACACUGCAAAGGUGCACAUGUGCAGAGCUAAAGUACAAACACGGAGAUGCUUCUUUUAUAAUACUUUGGAAGAUCAGAAGAGAACUGGAGACCCUAGAAGUGGAGUGGGAAAUGUGGUUGAUAUAGAGGAUCUUGUCAAACAUGGAGAGAAGACCAAAGUUUGUCCAUAUUACCUGGCUCGGGAGUUGAAAACAGAUGCAGACAUUAUAUUUAUGCCUUACAACUAUCUCUUAGAUCCAAAGUCUCGACGUGCUCACGGUGUUGAACUUCAAGGAAAUAUUCUCAUUUUGGAUGAAGCCCAUAAUUUGGAAAAAAUCUGUGAAGAGAGUUCUUCUUUUGACCUGACUUCUGUUGACUUGGCAACUGCUAUUGAGGAGACAACUCGACUGAUGGAGAAAAUCAUUGACUUGAGUGAAAUAGAAAACCAAGUUACUGAAUUUGGUGAUUCUACUGCCAUUGAACCUGAUUUUACUUUGGAAGAUCUCAUCAAGUUGAAAGCUGUUCUGAAGGAUUUAGAAGACAGCUUGGAUACAGUUGAAAUUCCUAAAAAUGGACCAGGAUUAACUAAGCCUGGCAUGUUUAUAUUUGAAUUGUUGUCAAGAGUUGGUAUUACAUUUGAAAGCAAGAACUACCUUCUGGAUUUGCUGGAGAAACUUGUGUCGUAUCUGACCAAUGAAGGUGCUGGUAGUGUUUUGCACACCAAAGGAGCUGGUCUUGGGAAAUUCAAUGAGAUCCUAAGGAUCGUGUUUAGCCAAGAACCAUCUAUUGGUGCGUCCCUCCCAGAGCAUCAAGAAAGAAUCGCUAAAUUUUAUAAGGUUCAUAUUCAUUUUAAGGAGGAAAUUGCCAAGAAAAAGAAGAUUGAUUCUUGGGCCACAUCUGGUGAUUCAGACAAAAAAGAACGUGUGUUGAGCUACUGGUGUUUUAGCCCUGGUCACAGUAUGAAAGAUCUUGAGGCUCAUGGAGUAAAGUCCAUCAUUCUAACGAGUGGCACACUCUCACCGCUUUCUUCAUUUUCAAUGGAAAUGCAGAUUCCAUUUCCCGUAACACUGGAGAAUCCACAUGUGAUACAGAAAUACCAGGUGUCUGUAAACUUACUUGGAAAAGGUCCAGAUGGAACAGUUCUAAACUCAAGUUACCAAACACGGUUUGAUCCUGCAUACCAAUCUUCUCUAGGAAAUUCCAUUGUGAACUUUGCCCGUGUUGUUCCAAAUGGUCUUCUUGUCUUUUUCCCAUCUUACCCAGUCAUGGACAAAUGUGUUGAAUUUUGGAAAGAUAAAAAUAUUUGGAAUCGCAUCACCCAGUAUAAGGCCAUCCUGGUGGAGCCAAAAGGAAAAGUUGCAUUUAAUAAUGUGAUGGAUGAAUUUUAUAAUAAAAUACAGGAUACAACUCUAAAUGGUGCAAUAUUUAUGGCAGUUUGUCGUGGAAAGGUUAGUGAAGGUUUGGAUUUCUCUGACAUCAAUGGGCGAGCGGUGGUGAUCACCGGUCUCCCGUACCCACCACGCAUGGACCCCAAGGUCUUACUCAAGAUGCAGUUUCUCAACGAGAUGAGAAAGGGUCUUAGUGGAAAUGAGUGGUAUCGUCAGCAGGCAUCAAGAGCUGUCAAUCAGGCAAUUGGGCGUGUCAUCAGACACAAAGAUGAUUUCGGAGCAAUUAUUCUCUGUGAUACACGGUUUUCAUCCUCUGAUUUCAUAUCACAGCUUCCUGUGUGGGUUCGACCAUAUAUCAUCAAGCAUGACAAUUUUGGUCAUGUAAUGCGUGAUGUGAUGGCAUUUUUCAAGAAUACAGAAAAACUGAUGCCAGUGCAAGUUACGAACAAAAGACGAACCAACCAGAACUGUGAGGGGGCACAUUUUCAGUCUACAUUGUCUAGAACAGCCCAGAAACAGACUAGUGGAAAGGCAAUUUACUACGAGCAGGCCAGCACGGUGGUCUGUCAUGUACCCACCAUGAGACAGGAUCGCAGUAAUGAAUUAUCGGAGCAGCAAAGAUUGAGCAGAGUUUAUAACCAGGGACCAUCGCAAAAAGCCGAGAAGAAAGGACUCAUUCAAGCUCUGGAGUUUUCUGAGAAAACCUCAGAUGACAGCGAUUUUCUCUCUGAAACACAGAUUCCAUCUCACCAACCUAUUAAGACAAACCAGCCAAAGAGAAGAAGAAUUGUGAUAAAGAAGCCCAAUGAACAGACUGUAUCAUGUUCCGUGAUGGUGGAGACAAAACCCAUCUCCAGUGUGCAUGUAAACAAAGCAGAGGAUUACAUCAAAGAGGUAAAAAAGAUCUUGAAAGCAGAGUCUUAUAAAGUUUUCUCCAAAGCUUUGAUUGAAUAUCGCAAGAUGGAGAAUUUGGAAAAGGUUUCCAGUGUUCUUGCUGAUCUGUUCACAGAGGAUCCUGCCAACCAUCAUCUGUUCAGAAAAUUCUACAAUUUUGCAAGGCCCCACCACAAACAGCAGUUUGAUGAGAUAUGUGUUAACCUAACGGGGAUGAGCUGUGGUUACACUCCAGAACAUUCUGCUGCAAAGAGACUGAUGCAUUCUGGGAUAGCAGAACCUGCUGGGAAGCGAUGUAAAACAAAUUCAUCAUCAGAAUAUAAAAACAUUUCUGGAUGUGAUGGCAUUACUGCUGGCACGUCUCGUUCAAAAUUGACGUCUGCUUCUGAAGUGAAUAAACCAAAUGUGGAGUCCAGUGAUAAACAAACCAUUCAGCAACUUAGCACAGGUCUGACUUGCAUUCCCAGCUCAGUGACUUUAAAUGGACUCGAAAACAAUGACUGUUCUAAGAUGCAAGACACAAAAAGCAAAGUCUGUUUUACUACACGAGUCGAAGAAAGCAAAGACUGCACUAAGACUCAAUUCAAACAAAACAAUAGCCCUUCUAGGGUACAAGACAUAGAAAACAUUGUCUUUUCCAAAUCGCAAAUCACAGAGAGCAAUAACUCUGGUUCUAAGACACAACUCAAAGAGAGUAACAACAUUUCCAAGACACAAGUUAAAAAAAGCAUUAAUUCUCCCAAAACACCAUCAACUUCUGUGUUGUUCACUGACAACAGAUUGACUGAUACUAACUGUGAGACUAAACCAGGAGUCACUUCUGUACAGGUCUCGGCUGUCAGUGAUAAAACAUUGUCUGAAAAUUGUGAAAAGUGUUCAGGUGAUGGAAAGUUGCAGUUGUCAGCUGCAUGUGAUCUCAGUAAUGAUGUUGAGAGGUGUGAAAAUGCAAUACAGAUGUCACAAACAACGGCAAGGUUUUCAAAGUCUGGUUACACUUGUGGUCGAUGUGGUUCUGAUGCUCACAUCCCAUUUGAAGCGUCCUGUUCUCACGUCUGCUGUUACUUGUGCUGGAAACAAGUGAUCAAGAGCAACAAGAUGUGUCCUGGUUGUGGAGCUCCAGUUAGGAGGAGGGAUUUAAAGCAGCUUCUGUUUACCUCAGGUCCUAAUGUGGAGUAGAACAUACUUUGCUCAAUAAUAAUUUGAUGUGAUAUUGUAAUGUGGAUAAUAUAUUUUUGAUUAAUAUAUAUUUAUUGUAUAGUUGAUCAAUUUAUUUUUAAGCAGAUCAAAAUCUAUUGUACAUUCUGGCCUGUGCUUAUAAAACUUUUGGAGUCUAGACUCGAGACUAAUAAAAGCUGAGACAUAAAUGUCAUGUGACAUCAUUUGAGAUUGAGUCUGGACUCUAAAAGUUUUAUAAGUACGGGCCCAGAUCUGCAAAUCAGAUAGUUAAUCAAUUUGUUCAAUUUAAUCUUAACAUAAAAUAUAUGUAUUGUAUAAUAUUUUUUAUAAUAUAUUUACAAACAAAUUGUAUUUGUACAUUUAUUGGGUCGGAACGUAGCCAGUGAUAAAGUGCAAGUCUGAUGCAUGGUUAGUCUAGGAUAGAUCCCCGUCGGUGGGCCCAUUAGGCUAUUUCUUGUCCCAGCCAGUGCACUACGACUGGUAUAUCAAAGACCAUAACUACAUGUAGGAUGGUGCACAUAAACGAUCACUUGCUAC